AUGCCGGGUCCCCAGGUUUACCAAACCCGAAGUUUGAGUCGAGGAGACAUCUCGUCAAAUUUAAGAGGUCGGGCAUUAUUGGAAAAAUCCUUCAUUCGGGAGGGUAUUCGUGCAUGGAAUCUUCUACCUAAUGAUAUACGUUCAAUACAUAAAGUGACUGAUUUCAAACUCAGAUUAGUCUUACAAUAUAUUCCGCCCUUUCGUUUACCGUUAAUGCAUGAUAGGCGGUUGGAAAUACAUCACACGCGAUGUAGAGUUGAUAAUCCCCAACUAAAUGACUAUCUCUUCACUAGAGCUUCUCGUUGUGGUGUUAAUCAUAUUAAAACAACAACAUACCAUCCACAAACGAAUGGCCUAACAGAACGAUUUAAUGCCACAUUAGCGGGUUCAAUAGGUACAUAUGUUAACCAACAACAAUCAGAUUGGGAUGAUUAUCUACCAUUUGUCACAUUUGCUUAUAAUACAUCCAAACAAGCAACAACCGGUAUUGAACCAUUCAAAUUAAUGUAUGGGCGAGAUCCAAUUCUCCCAUUUGAUGCUCCAUCAUCCAUUGUUCAAUUACCACAAGCAAAUGAUUACUACUCACAAUUACUUAAAUUUUUACAACAAGCCAAGUCAACAGCGUGGCUCAACACCACACAACACCAAAAUAACUAUAAACAAACCUAG